AUGUUGAUGGACCUAAGCAAUACAGGCCCAUAUGCUUGUCCAAAGAAUGUCAGACAGGUCUACAUCAUGAUGGACAGGAUCUGGGUCCCUCGGGCAGAGCUUGUUGAGAAAAAUGAUGAGGACCAAAAGAUUGAACAAGAUGGCAUCAAACCAGAAGAUAAAGCUCAUAAGGCCGCGACCAAAAUUCAGGCUAGCUUCCGUGGACACAUAACGAGGAAAAAGCUCAAAGGAGAGAAGAAGGGUGAUGCCCCAGCCGCUGAGGCGGAGGCGAAUGAGAAGGAUGAAGCCCCCGUCGCUGAUGGCGCGGAGAAGAAGGAGGGAGAAGGUUCCACUCCCGCUGAAGCGGCCCCAGCCGCCGGCCCCAAGCCCGAAGAGACCGGCAAAGCCGGCGAAACUCCUUCCGAGGAGACGAAGGGGGAGGGCGCCCCCGAGGCUGCCACAGAGCAGGCAGCGCCCCAGGCUCCUGCCCCCUCGGAGGAGAAGGCCGGCUCUGCUGAGACAGAAAGUGCCACUAAAGCUUCCACUGACAACUCGCCGUCCUCCAAGGCCGAAGACGCGCCAGCCAAGGAGGAGCCUAAACAAGCCGACGUGCCUGCUGCUGUCACUGCUGCUGCUGCCGCCACCACCCCUGCUGCAGAGGAUGCUGCUGCCAAGGCAACAGCCCAGCCUCCAUCGGAGACUGCGGAGAGCAGCCAAGCCGAGGAGAAGAUAGAAGCUGUAGACGAAACCAAACCUAAGGAAAGUGCCCGGCAGGAUGAGGGUAAAGGAGAAGAACGCGAGGCGGACCAAGAACAUGCCUGA